UGAAGUAAAUGCCAAUGCUCCGUUGCUUACAUUCUGCUAUUCUUACUUUGGCUCAACGCGCGUCGUUGGUAAAUUGGAUUGUUAUUGUGAUAUAAAUAAACUGCAUUACACCCGUGUAUAAGAAACAAACGCAAGUGCUUGAAUUAAAAAGUAAUCAGGCCACAAACUGGUUUAAAGAUAUAGGGAUGCGGAGAAAUAUGUGAAAGUGACAGUCGUAUAAAAUCGACUCUUUUUCUUUUUGUCUGCAUAACAAUGUUUCGCAUAGUUUCAAGUACCGCCACAUAAAUAUUGUGCUGUGGACGUUAAAAAUGCCAAUGCUUCCGUUUCGGAGGGACACCUGAGCACUAUGUUUGAAGCGGGAUAAACGCGAUUUGCGUUAUCACCAGUUAGAAUGCAAGACGAGUGCACAGCGGAGGAGGCGAAGUGCAACAGCGCGUUCGAGCGACGGAAGCCCACCAAGGUGCUGAAGAUCGCCGAGAGCUUCACGAACCUCGAUGAGACGGCCAAGGCUGGACGCUAUAUUCGGGGUCCGUACUCGAAAACGGGCCGUAGGUACCGGGACGUGCAAGAAAACGGUUGCAGGACGAAACGCGGUGUGUGUUGUGAAAAUGAGUGCGAGGAGUCGAGUGUUUGUGAGGAUAGUGAAAAAAUAGGUGACAAGAGAGUGACGGGGUCGUCGUGUACUGCGCUGCGCACCGCCGUCGCCGCCCUCUAUCCCUUUGACGACUUCAUUCUCGAGAAGAUUGGAGAAGGAUUCUUUUCUGAAGUUUUCAAAGUGACCCACAAGACUACAGGCAAGGUGAUGGUGCUGAAGAUGAACCAGCAGCGCGCCAACCGGCCCAACAUGUUACGCGAAGUCCAGCUCAUGAACAAACUGAAGCACCCCAACAUACUCGGGUUCAUGGGCGUGUGCGUUCACGAGGGCCAACUGCAUGCGCUAACGGAGUACAUGGCUGGCGGGUCGCUGGAGCAACUGCUACUGACGCGGCCCGCCGCCCCGCUGCCGCAACAGCUGCGGGUCUCUCUCGCCGCAGACAUGGCCAACGGUCUCGCCUACCUGCACUCGCUCGGCGUCUUCCACCGCGACCUCACCUCAAAGAAUGUAUUGCUGAAGAUGCAUGGUGACGGAGAGUACACAGCAGUCGUGGCUGAUUUUGGUCUUGCAGCUAAGAUCCCUCACCCUGUUAACGGGUACCGUCUGCCGAGCGUGGGGUCUCCGUGGUGGAUGUCGCCGGAGUGCCUGCGCGGCCGCUGGUACGACCACCGCUCGGACAUCUUCUCCUACGGCAUCAUACUCUGCCAGAUCAUUGCCAGGGUGGACGCGGACCCGGAUGUGUUGCCGCGCACAGACAACUUCGGUCUCAACUAUGUCGCCUUCGUGGAGCUCUGCGACGAGACCACUGUGCCCGACCUGCUGCGUCUCGCCUUCAACUGCUGCAUUUACGACGCCAAGGCGAGGCCGCUAUUUCCAGAGAUAGUGAGCAAACUCGCUGAGAUCAAGGAGGGGUUGGACGACUCCACGUGGGCAGGAGGCGCCGCCAACAACACCUUCGACAGCGAUGAGGCGGAGUCGUCGGGACCGCGGUCGUGUCCCGGGCUGUGGGCGUGGCGCCGCCCCGCCCGACAUCGCUCCGAGGGCAGCCCCCACCACAGAGAUCGUGUGGCGCACCGCGGCUCGCUGUCGGAGCUGGAGUGGGCGGGGGGCGUGUCGGUGGGCGCGGGGGGCUGUGCGGGGGGCGCGGCGCACCGGUCAGCGGGUGCGCUGGCGCUGCCCGCCGCCCCGCCCCGCCUGGCGCGGCUGCAGCGCCUCGCGCACGUGAUGGUGCUGCGCGACGAGCACGCCGCCCCCCGCGCCCCCCGCCGCGCGCUGCACGCCUUCCGCGGCGUGCACAAGAUACUCGAGGCGGCGCCGCGGUGCUCGUCCGGGUCCCCCCCGCCGGGCUGCACGGGGUGCGGCGGCGCGGCGGGCGCGGCCUGCUCGGCGGAGGAGGAGCCUCGCGCCUCCUCCCUGCCCCCCUCCCCGGGGGUGACGCGUCGCCGCCUCGACGACACGCCCAAGCUGCAGUACAAGGGCGACUCGAGCGCGGAGCUGCGGCGGCGCGGCUCGUGCGAGAGCGGCAUCUUCUCGGUGGCGAACGAGGAGCUGUGCCAGCAUCCCAGUCUGUACGGCGCCAUGUGUCCCUGCUCGCUGAACGGCUGCCACCGCUGCUGGUGGAGACGCGAGCCCGCGCAAGCGGCACACGCGUCCUCCGGCGAGCGCGAGGCGCGACUGCGGAUCUGCGCCUCGUGUCUCAUAGUGUACGACUGGCUGCUGGCGCGGGGACGUCGCGCCGCAGACGAGCCGACGCCGGUGCGAGACCGCGACCGCUCGCCGCCGUUCCUGUGCGGGCCGACGGAGGCGAGCGAGUCGGGGGACUACCACGUGCUGUCGGAGUGCUGCUGCUCGGGGGCGGGGGCGGGGGCGGGGGCGGGGGCGCGGGGCGGGGGCAAGCGCGCCUCCAGCGUGUACACGGACAGCUCGGAGGACGUGGCGUCGCUGGGCUCGGACAGCCUGUACGACGAGCGAGCGCCGCGGGGGGCGCGCUCGGCGCAGAUCUCGCGCAUCGUGGAGUACUUCGAGCGCAAGGGGGCGGAGUUCGAGUGCGAGGGCUCGCGGUACAGGCUGCGGGCAGACCACCAGUACGUGGUGGACGUGAAGCACCGCGCGGUCUGCGAGGGCGCCGUGCGCUCCAAGCUGCCGCUCUUCGACAAGAAGUCCUAGCCCUCCUCCUCCUCCUCCGCCUUCUCCUUUCCUGUCUCUGUGAUGCCGCUCUUGUGUCAAAUUUUACUCGUCCGUCACUUCCAUUUGUAGCUUUUACAGAAAACUAUAUAUGUAUAUGGAUGACAAUAGUAUACUUCUGAUCACUACGGCGAUGUAUUACUAAGGCUGGUGCCUUGCACUGGUUUGUGUGCCCUCAAGUAAUGGAAUGUGACAAUAUAUUUGAAGGACAGCACGAGCUCCUCAUGAGGGAGGUGUCUAGUUUGAGUUUGACUGAGUAAAUGUAAGCAUUUCAUUGGUUUAAAGAUGAGAUUAUAUUAAAAUGGUUGUAGGUAAAUAUUGUAUAGGUAGAUAGAUUAGUGUGAACUUUGAGAAAGUGACGGCUGCGGAUUUCUACAUGAAAUAUAUCAUUAGAUCGCAAGUUAUUGUCAAUUUAAUACGGACUUUGCGAUAAUCAAAAUAUAAUGUACAUAUAAUUUGUUUCUUUAAUAUUUAUAAUUUAUACAGUAUUAAAUUAGUCCUUGCCAGUUAAGUGUACAUAUUUUUUCCAUAUUUACAAAGUUCCCUGAUAUCAUAAUAAUUCAAUUUCGGUUAUGGCGACAAAUUUUUAUUCAAG